UGUGUUCGGACCAGCUGAGUGUGUGUGUGGUGAAGAAGAUAAAGGAGAACAUGUCCGUCACACACACCUUACCUGUCAGCUACAGGCCCGUGUCUGUGUCCGAGCUGCUCUCCCGCCAGCACCUGGCCUGCGUCAGUAACCUGUCCUGGAGCACCAAUCAGCAGCGAGCGUGGGCGAAGGAGGCGGAGCUUUCCCUGCCGGGUCACCGGGCUCUGCCGCGGGUCAACCUGCUGCUGAUUGGCUGUCUGAGAGAGGGGCGGGGCGGAGAGUGGAGGCUGCCGGACGCCAGCGGCAGCGUCAGGUGUGAGGACUCGUGGCCAGCGUGUGUCUGUCUGUGGUCAGGUGGGUUCAGUCUGCCCUCUGCUGGGUGUGGCAGGAACAACCUUCUUCUGUUUGUCACUGACAGACGGCUCACUCAGUCUACCUGUCCUCGUCAAGGACAGCAGCAGGUUGUGGUGGACUCAGUGUGUGUGUUGGUCAGAGUGUGUGUGUGACGGCGCUGCGUGUGUGUGUCCUACGAGGCUGGAGAGGAAACAACAUCCUGUGUGCGACCGACCAGUCUGAAAUACACACAAACUACACACACACUCCCGCAGACUACACACACGCUGACACACAGUCGGACACGCCCCCACCACUGAUGAUGUCACACGGUGAUGAUGAUGACUGUGAAGAGGCGGAGCACUGGGAACACUGGGCUCUGAUUGGCUGUGAGAAUGUUACCUGCUGUAUUGUUAACUGUGUGGUAAGUCCCGCCCCUCUGCUCUGAUAGGGCACUGUGACGGAGGUGGUGAGUGAGGGGGCGGGGCUCUAUGUGAUUGACGGGAAGGUGGGACUGUGCCUGGCCUAUCAGCCGACUCUGAGGAGGAAACUGAGAGCAGGAGACUGUGUGGAGGUUGGUGAGUCCCAGUGGAGGUUGGUGAGUCCCAGUGGAGGUUAGUGAGUCCCAGUGGAGAUUGGUGAGUCCCAGUGGAGGUUGGUGAGUCCCAGUGGAGGUUAGUGAGUCCCAGUGGAGAUUGGUGAGUCCCAGUGGAGGUUGGUGAGUCCCAGUGGAGGUUAGUGAGUCCCAGUGGAGAUUGGUGAGUCCCAGUGGAGGUUGGUGAGUCCCAGUGGAGGUUAGUGAGUCCCAGUGGAGGUGAGUGAGUCCCAGUGGAGGUUAGUGAGUCCCAGUGGAGGUUGGUGAGUCCCAGUGGAGGUGAGUGAGUCCCAGUGGAGGUGAGUGAGUCCCAGUGGAGGUUGGUGAGUCCCAGUGGAGGUGAGUGAGUCCCAGUGGAGGUGAGUGAGUCCCAGUGGAUGUUAGUGAGUCCCAGUGGAGGUUGGUGAGUCCCAGUGGAGGUUAGUGAGUCCCAGUGGAUGUUAGUGAGUCCCAGUGGAGGUUAGUGAGUCCCAGUGGAUGUUAGUGAGUCCCAGUGGAGGUUAGUGAGUCCCAGUGGAGGUGAGUCAGUCCCAGUGGAGGUUGGUGAGUCCCAGUGGAGGUGAGUGAGUCCCAGUGGAGGUGAGUGAGUCCCAGUGGAGGUGAGUGAGUCCCAGUGGAUGUUAGUGAGUCCCAGUGGAGGUUGGUGAGUCCCAGUGGAGGUUAGUGAGUCCCAGUGGAUGUUAGUGAGUCCCA